AUGCACGUGCCCUACCCCGUUUAUGAUUCAUUUGUUAGUUUCUCUUUCUCUUUUUUUUCGAUUCAUUAUCAAGUAUUGAAUACCGUGUAAUUGGUGGCUCUUCAAAAGGUUGGAAAACAAUUAAAUGCGGGGGAAAGGUUAACCUUUUCAUGCUUGAAAAAAAAAGUCAUGACACUUCAAGAAAAAGGACAGUUUGAAAAAAUUGCCACUUCUGAAUUAUUCAUCUGGUGAAGUUGAAAAAUGAAGGGAAACGCCUAACGGAUUUUUGAAGAAACGCGACGCGACCGCGCCGCACCCAGGUCAUUCUAAAAGAGACUUUAUUAGAAAAAUCUUAAUUCUCAACCCUAUUUUGUCAUUUUUCAGUAUUCAAAAGGAAGAUGGGAACCUUAACCAUAGUUUGAAAAAAUCAGGGUAUUCCUAAGAAACCGCGACGCAAUCGCGCCGCACCUGAGCCAUUCCAAAAAGAGACUAAAUCCCAAAAAUCAUCUUACAGGUGUUAAUUUUCAACCAUAUUUUGUCUUUUUACGAUAUUAAAAAUGAAGAUGAAAACCUAAGCUAUCAAUAAAAAAAUAAGAGAAAUUAUUAAAAAAACCGCGACGCGACCGCACCGCACUCAAGCCAUUCUUUCAAAAAAAUUACCAAAUUCUUGAAAAAAAGUUUUUCCGAAAUCAUAUUUUUCCCUUCUACUAUUACAAAAAAAUGAAAAAUUCGAAGUUUCGAAAAAAACACUUUCAAAAAAACCGCGACGCGACCGCGCCGCACACUAGCCAUUCUUCAGAAAAAAAGGCUAAGUUUAAAAAAAUUUUUUUCUUUCAAAAUUUAAAAUAGGUUCAUUUCCAAUAGCAUAAAGUUACAUCUUGACGAUCGUGAAAUUCGGUAAAAAAAUCUCUGAAAUUAUAUUUCCUGUCAUAAAAUAAAUAAUUUUGUUAUUUCUGUUACUCCAUUAACCGGUGGAGAAAAAACGUCAUAGCGAGAAAAAAAAAUUGACCAAAAGCCAAACUUUUCUCUUUUUUGAAUCUUGUUUUUGAGAAACUGGAAAAUUUCCGACUAAAAAUAUACUGAGAGAGCAAAAAGCCAUGAUGAUAUUUCAAUAACCAUUUUUGCAUAUUGAAUAGAGUAGAGCAGCCAAAAAUGAAAAAUAAAAGGCCUGAGAUUAAACAUGUUAACUUUUACUGCAACUAGUGAGUGACCAAGAAAUGCUUGAAAAACCAAAAAAAAAUCAACCAAAAUCAACGUUUUUUGACCACCUCGCUUCAUUUUAUAACACUCAUUUUUCCUCACUUUUUUGAGGUUUUUCAACUUUUUCUUCUAAAAAAUAUGAGAAAAGGAAAAAACUGUACUAUAUUAUUAUCUCCAAGGAAUUUGGAAAAGGCAUUAAUAAGUCACAGGCCUUUAACAUAUUUCUAAUACUUCUGCAACCGGAAAACUCUCUAAAAUCCUUUUUCCAGGAACUCUGCGUCCAGGAGUGCAGUUCGCUGGUAUCCUACUGUACAGGACGGGAGCCGUCGGUCGUUUGUCAAAUCAGUGGAACGACAUUUAUUCUCAUCAUCUUUCUGGCCAUAUUUACAGGUAUAAUCUAAAUUUUUUUACGGGAGAAAUUGAUCAAAUUUGCAAGAAUUAAAAAAAAUAAAAAAACAUUAAAAUUGAGAUUUUUCUUCGUGAUAAAAAGUUGAAAUUUUUAAAAGAAAAAAAUAAUAAACUUGAGAUUUUUUUAGAGAAUAAUCUUGAUAAAUUAAUUUUUUUCUUAGGUUCAAAAAUUCACCAAAAAUGCGGAGGGUACUUAAAAUUUGUGAAAAAAAUACCUAAAAAAAUCGAAAAAUCUGAUCUACUAAAAAAAUCCGGAAAAUAAGUAUGUUAUUCAAACCUGCGUAGUAAAAAAACGUCAAAUUGAUUUUUCAAAAAAAAAAAAUUGAACUUUUUUUAUCACUCAAGAGUGCGCCCGAUCCGAUUCGACUUUCGCGCAAAUGCAUAAUGAGCAUUUUGAGGAAAGUUCUUGGCUCUAGACGCGAUUUCAACCUUCGAGCCAUUCCAAAUGCGACACUAGAAUUUCAUUCCUAGGAGAUUCAUGUGAAACCUGGCUCAAAUACGCUUCAAAACUCACAUUAAAUCUCUUGAAAAAUCUCAAAUUAUUCGAUUAGCGAUCGAGAUUCAUCAAAAAUCAUCAAAAUGACGUCUUCUUUCGAAAAUAUCUUCUCUCAAGCUCCACGUCUCCAACAAAGCUCUUUGUCAAAAAAAUCCAGAAAAAAGAAAAUUAAGCGGAAUCUUCUCCGUCAAAACAAUUACCUCCAUUACCACGCAAAUCCCCAUGUUUUUGGCCAUUUUUUUUUCUCGUGGGCCGGACGGGGAUAUGAAUAAAAUAUAUUUCUGGCAUCGUUAAUGAUCCUUUUUUGAAAGCCAAAAAGAAAACCGGAAGUCGGAGGCGGAAAGAAGGCCAAGAAGAAUGUUUGUAGUUCAUAAUUAGAGGGUAAGUUCAACAAGCGCCGCUGUUUCUCAAUUUACGGGAUGAGUUGACGCGCAAGUCGGUUUGGGUCGGGCGCAGUUUAAAAUAAUCGAAAGAAAAGAAGAAGAAGUUUUGGAGCUCAUACAGUACCGCUCAAAAGUAUAUUAAGUUUUGGUUUUUUGAGGAUAUCUCAUCGAGUACUUAUCCGAUUUAUAUAUAACUUUCAGGGAUUAUGUAAAAUAUACUUUAAAAAGAUAUACGGUAUACACAUACAUGUCCGCAGUCACUGCGACGCGUUUUUUUUUCGAAUUCAAUUUUUUGUUUUUUUAUGCUUUUUAUUUUUUUAUUUAUUUUCUAUUAAAUGUUUUUAAAAAGUAAUAAUGUUGCCAUAUGUUUAUUUUUCAUGUUUUUCAGACAUGAGAAGAACCUCUCGAAAAAAGAAUUUGACUGAUAACGACAAAAGAGCCAUCGUUGUGGGUCGUCAAAAUGAACUGACCAUGAUGACGUUGGCAGGAAUUUUCGGCGUGACAGAGGCGGGCAUUUCUCAGUUCCUGAAGCGUUGGAAAGCUCAAGAUGGCACUAUUAAGAGCCAACGCACUGAAAGACCACGUUUCAUUGAUCGUAAUGGUGAUAGAAACAUUUUGAAGACGUCUAGAACCAAUCCAAGACUCACCGUCCCUGCGAUCAGACGGGAAGUUUGCUUGAAUUCGCCAUCUCCGCCAUCCGUCUCGACCGUGAAACGACGUCUGAAUGCUGCUGGAAUCAUGAGAAGACGUCCAGUGAAGAAACCGUUGAUUUCUGAAAAGAAUCGAGCCGCCUGGGGGAAGUGGGCGAAGGAGCAUCUCAACUGGCCCGUCAAGACUGGAACAAGAUUCUGUGGUUCGACGAAACGGUCCUUCACCAUGUUUCACAAAGGGUAA